UUUGUUGUUGAUAAGCAGCAUCAACACGGUCAUAAGUACGCCGUAUCCUCGGCCGUAUGGUAUCCUAUUGACACUGGCCUAUUUAUAACGGGAUCCUAUGAUCAUUGUGUAAAAGUAUGGGAUACUAAUACUACUCAGGUAGUCAUGAAUUUCAAAAUGCCUGGAAAGGUUUAUAGAAAUGCAAUGUCUUCAUUGGCAACAUCCCACAUGCUAAUUGCUGUUGGAACUGAAGAUGUUCAAGUUCGCCUUUGUGAUAUUGCCUCUGGGGCAUUUUCCCACACAUUGUCUGGUCACCGUGAUGGCAUAAUGACAGUAGAAUGGUCUACAUCCAGUGAGUGGGUUUUAGUAACAGGGGGAUGUGAUGGUGCUAUACGUUUUUGGGAUAUCAGACGUGCUGGAUGUUUUCGUGUUUUGGAUCAGUCUCAGUCUCAGCUAGGGAGACGCCCACCUCUCAUGGAGCGCACCAGCAUGAAUAAGGUUUCAACAUCAAAGUCCUUGUCAGCAGGUCAAAAUUUAUCCAUAAAACCAAAGGCAGCACAAAGGAGGUCUGCUAAUGGAAAUGGUUUAAAGCAGUCACUUGUUGGUCGAAACCCAGUCAAGGGAUCUGUGAAGCAGAGAUUGCAUCCAGGGAUGUUGUCUGGUCAGGAUCGUGCCACUGCUCAUUAUGGUGCUGUUACUGGCCUGAAAGUAACUGAGGAUGGAAUGUAUCUCCUCAGUGCAGGGUCUGAUUCAAGAAUAAGGUUGUGGGACCUGGAAUCUGGCUGCAAUACACUUGUGAACUUUGAAACCGUUCGCUUACAAACCAGCAAGGCAAUACAGUUAGCAACAUCACCCGAUCCAGCUCUUGCUUUUGUUCCAUGCAUGACAGCUGUUAAAGCAUUUGAUGUUUGGACAGGUAAGACAUGUUUGGCAUUUCGCGGCCAUUAUGAAUUUGUCAAUUGUUGCUGGUUUAGCUCCCAGGAUCAGGAACUGUACACAGGUGGCAAUGAUAGACAAAUUCUUGUCUGGUCUCCAUCCAAAUCUAGUUCUGAUGACAUGGAUUUAGGGCCUGGGCAGGAUCACGAUAACUGGAGCGAUUGACUUUUGCUGCUGUAUAAACAAGUUCCAUAUAUUGAGAUCAUCACCAUCUAAUUUGUACACGCACAAUAACUCGUCAAAUAUGUACAAUCUUUGCGGUUUCAUGUAUAUGCUCGGUAUUUGUUUGUUUGACAUUAUAUUUUUGGUCAGUUUUUUGUGUAGAAAUUGGGUUAAUGUACAUGUUUAAUAAUAAAAUCCCUCCUUCCAAUUGCCAAUACAUAUAUUA